AUGGACUGUUUACGGUAUGCACGGGACAACGGCUGCCCGUGGGACGAGGAUACGUGUUCCUUUGCCGCAUCGAACGGUCACAUAGACUGUUUACGGUAUGCACGUGACAACGGCUGCCCGUGGGACGAGUGGACGUGUGCCAGUGCCGCGAAGAACGGCCACAUGGACUGUCUACGGUAUGCACGGGACAACGGCUGCCCGUGGGGCGAAAAGACGUGUGCCAGUGCCGCGAAGAACGGCCACAUGGACUGUCUACGGUAUGCACGGGACAACGGCUGCCCGUGGGACGAGAAUACGUGUUCCUUUGCCGCAUCGAACGGUCACAUGGACUGUCUACGAUAUGCACGGGACAACGGCUGCCCGUGGGACGAAAUGACGUGUGCCAAGGCCGCGAAAAACGGCCACAUGGACUGUCUACGGUAUGCACGUGACAACGGCUUCCCGUGGAACGAGUGGACGUGUUCCAGUGCCGCAUCGAACGGUCACAUAGAUUGUUUACGGUAUGCACGUGACAACGGCUGCCCGUGGGACGAGGAUACGUGUUCCCUUGCCGCAUCGAACGGUCACAUAGAUUGUUUACGGUAUGCACGUGACAACGGCUGCCCGUGGGACGAGGAUACGUGUUCCCUUGCCGCAUCGAACGGUCACGUAGACUGUUUACGGUAUGCACGUGACAACGGCUGCCCGUGGGACAAGUGGACGUGUUCCAGUGCCGCGAAGAACGGCAACAUGGACUGUCUACAGUAUGCACGGGACAACGGCUGCCCGUGGGACGAGGAUACGUGUUCCUUUGCCGCAUCGAACGGUCACAUAGACUGUUUACGGUAUGCACGGGACAACGGCUGCCCGUGGGACGAAGAGACGUGUGCCAAGGCCGCGAAGAACGGCCCACAUGGACUGUCUACGGUAUGCACGGGACAACGGCUGCCCGUGGGACGAAAAUACGUGUGCCAGUGCCGCGAAGAACGGCAACAUGGACUGUUUACGGUAUGCACGGGACAACGGCUGCCCGUGGGGGCGAAAAGACGUGUGCCAGUGCCGCGAAGAACGGCCACAUGGACUGUCUACGGUAUGCACGGGACAACGGCUGCCCGUGGGACGAGAAUACGUGUUCCUUUGCCGCAUCGAACGGUCACAUGGACUGUCUACGAUAUGCACGGGACAACGGCUGCCCGUGGGACGAAAUGA